CUGUAAUAGCUGAGUUCACGAGAUCGGCGCUGGCACUAUCACCAUGAGGUUGAUUUCCCUCGCCGCAUGCGCACUGAGCUUUCUAAGUGCCGGAUUUUCAAGCGUCAGCGGCAGCUCCAGUGGGGCCUAUGGUGCAAACGCCAACUUCGGCCGCGCGGGUGGUGGCGCUUCUGGAUACGGCGGAAAUUAUGUUGGAAAUCGCGAAGAUGAAACAAGUGCGAGUUCAGCUGGAUACUUAACCAACAGCAUUAUAGGUGCACCAUACACCUUUAAUACGGCCGUUAGUGGAGCUUAUGGCGGUCACCAAGGCGCAAGCCUGGGCGCAGCGUACGGUGGUAACCUAGGCGGAGUCGCCGGUGGAGCCUACAAUGCCAAUCAAGGUAGAGGCUUUAGUGGCGCCUACGGUGCCAACCUAGGGUCAAGCACCGGUGGAGGUGGCGCUGGAGGUGGCCUAAGCGCGCCUCUUGGAAGCGUAAAUACUGGCCUUCAUGGAGGCCGUAUUACUUCAGGAGGUUUAAGCACUGGUGUUGUGGGUGGAGCAGGUAUUCCUGGGGCCCCGGUAGCUGGUACACUUGGAGGCCUCGAUGCACGCGUGGGCGAUGGCGCAGUUCUCUCAAGCAGCCUGGGAGGUUAUGGUGGCCCAAUAAGUGGAUUGGCGUACCCAAGUAUAGAAGGAGGAUUAGACGGAGGCUUAGGUGGGGCCGACUAUAGUAGGCUUGAUUGGCGCGACAGGAUGAAGCUAAGGCAGCGGGAGCGCCAGCUCAGGCGCCUGAUGCGUCGCAUGAGCCGCGAUCAAGAGGCCCUCUUUCGACUGGGUUAUGGUGAUUUGGGCUACGGACCUGGCAUUGGUGCUGGGGUAGGAGCGGGUGCAGGCUUGGGAGCCGCUGCACGUGGAGGCGUGGGAGCUCGAGGAGGAGCCGGGUUAGGCGCCGGCGCUCAUGGUCGUUUAGGGGGCCGUGGCGGAGUUCGCGGUGGAACACGAGGUCACCUACGAGUCAAUGCCGGUCUUAAUGUUGGAGUCAACGUCGGAGUUGACGCAGGUGUAGACUCAAAUGUGGCCGGGGGAGCCACGGCAGGCGCAGAAGCCGUGGGUGGUGUAAGGGGUGGUGCCGGGGCCGAUGCCACUGGAAAUCUUGGGGCUAAUGCGCAUGGUCAUGCCGGUGUUUCCGGCAGUAUACCGGGAACGACGCCCAACUAACGGUUGACGGAAAUGGGGUACCUGUGGAUAAUUAGCCACAGUUCGUCACUUGUUUGUUUUGUUUCUCCUACCAAACCAUGACAGAAGCCAUAUAAGGCAUCCAACAUAUCAUUCUGCAGCCUGACAAGCUGCCAAGGAAAAUAAAGGCGGGUCUUUGACGUCCAUGACUAUGUUCAAUAAAAGACGGAAUCUUUCCGUCAAGACAAGUUCACAAUUCAUGUUGUCUAAUAGACACCAAUAAAAGUAUUGAGAAUUCUGAA